AUGAGUACAACCAACUCAAACUCGUCGUCGGACCUUGAAGUUCAUGAUGAGCAAGCGAUCAAAGGGGUUAUUUUCGACUACGGAGAGGUCAUGUGGAUGCAGUCAAGAAAUGUUCAUGUCUAUCGAAGAAUUGAAGAGGAUAACAAGCUUUUCGAGAACUCAUUGAUACCAACCCUUCUCGGAAAGGAAUUGGCGAAUAUGCUUCCAAAUGGAUUUUAUGAGGACUUAUUGACUGGAAUUUACACCGCAAAGGAUUUUGACAGACUUUUCCUGUCUGCUUACAACCGAAGGUAUGGAAGUGCUUUUGAGUCAUUAAAAUUUUUCUCAGCCACCCAGUAUGAUGAAGACGCUGUAUAUGAGGAAGCCGUUUUAACUGCGUGUUUAAAACUCCGAGAGCACAAUAUAAAGACAAUUUUGCUCCUCGAUACUUAUCAUAUCGACGAGCAAAGAAAUGGUCGCCGAAUUCCAAAAAUGGACAUGUAUUUUGAUUACGUCAUUGAAUCAUGCAAGGAAGGAUACAAGAAACCUGAUCCUAGAUUUUAUAAAGUUGCUCUAAACCAAUGCGAUUUGAAUCCAGACGAAGUGAUUUAUAUCGAUGAUCUGAAGGUUAAUUGCGAAGCAGCAAGAGAGUUGGGAAUGCGUUAUAUUCAAGUAUUCAAUAGUAUGGAUAUGCUGGAAGAUCUUCAGGAAAUCAUUGGCUUCAAUCUCGAGUAG